UGAGGUAGGACACCUUAGCUUAAGGAUGGGUGAGUUGGGGUUUAGUCUUCAAAAGAUCAUAAAGGCAGCUCCUUCAAAGGCUUUGGUUAUUAGAAUCAACCUGAUUUUUCUUGCUUUCUUUCUGGUUAUCUAUGCAUCUCUUCUCUUGCGCCCAUCUUCUUCGCUCUAUUUUCAGAAUGCAGCAUCGCUUGUUAGAUGCUCUUUGCGUGAGUGCCAUCACAAGGUGGAGAAAGGGGUGAAGAUGAAGGCAGUCCUGGAGGGAGCUGAAGCCGUUAAACCGGAGAUAAAGAGAAACUUGACAAUGUUAGAGGUGCCGAGUUUCAUUGAUGAGAUUGGAGGAGGUAUUAAGAUUGGGAUGCUAAACUUUGAGGAUGUGGAUUAUAGUGAAUGGGAAAAACAUGGAGAGACAGUCCCGAUCCUUUUCGAGCGAGUCUCGGAGCUUUUCGAAUGGCAGGACUUGUUUCCGGAAUGGAUUGAUGAAGAGGAAGAGAUCGACGGGCCAAUGUGCCCUGAGUUGCCGAUGCCGGACUUCAGCCAAUACGAUGACAUGGACUUGAUAGUGGCGAGACUGCCGUGUAAGUAUCCUGUAGACGGGUGGGCUAGGGACGUGUUUAGGCUGCAGGUUCACCUGAUAGCGGCAAAUAUGGCGGUUAAAAAUGGGAAAAGAGAUUGGAAUAUGAGGACCAGAGUGGUGUUCCUGAGUAAGUGCAGGCCGAUGAUGGAGGUGUUUCGAUGCAAUGAUUUGGUGAAACAGGAAGGUGAGUGGUGGUACUACGAACCGGAAAUAGCAAGAUUAGAACAAAAAGUUUCUUUGCCAAUUGGUUCCUGCAAUCUGGCCUUGCCAUUAUGGGGACGAGGAAACGAUGAAGUGUUUGAUGUCUCUGAAAUCCAGCAAGCAACAACUACCCCCAAGCGUGAAGCCUAUGCCACAGUCCUCCAUUCUUCCGAAUCAUAUGUUUGCGGAGCCAUAACGCUAGCUCAAAGUCUCCUAAAAGCCAGCACCAACCGCGACCUCGUCCUUCUCCUAGACCGGUCCAUCACUGAGCCGAACCGUGAAGCCCUUAAGGCGGCCGGGUGGCAACUCCGCUUCAUCAAGAGAAUCCGAAACCCUCGAGCCGAAAAAGGCUCCUACAACGAAUACAACUACAGCAAGUUCCGGUUGUGGCAGAUGACGGAUUAUGACAAGGUCAUAUUCAUUGAUGCAGACAUCCUUGUCUUGAAAAACCUUGAUCCCCUUUUCCAUUUCCCUCAAAUGACUGCUACCGGAAACGAUAUUUGGAUUUUCAAUUCGGGUAUUAUGGUGAUCGAGCCAUCGAAUUGCACGUUCAAGCUUUUAAUGAACAAACGUAAGGAAAUAUUCUCAUACAACGGAGGGGACCAAGGUUUUCUAAAUGAAGUAUUCGUUUGGUGGCAUCGUUUACCGAGGAGAGUGAACUUUCUGAAGAACUUUUGGGCCAACAGCACCGUCGAAACUGGUUUAAAGAGCCAGCUUUUUUCAGCCGAACCACCUAAGGUUUACUCGAUCCAUUACUUGGGGUUGAAGCCUUGGCAUUGUUACAGGGAUUAUGACUGCAACUGGGACAUAGGGGACCAACGUGUUUACGCCAGUGAUGUGGCACAACUAAGAUGGUGGAAGUUCCAUGACGCCAUGGAUGUGAAGUUGCAGCAGCAAUGUAGGCUGACGAAGCAAAGAAAGAAUGACUUGGACUGGGAUAGAAAAAUAGCUGCAAAGGAAGGGUUCCAGGAUGAGCAUUGGAAGAUAAAUGUCACAGAUCCAAGGCAAUAUAAUUUGAUGGAUUAGAAUUUGUGAUUGUUACUUUAUUUCUCUUCUCGUCAUCAAUCUUUUUGUUUACUUCAUUUUGUAGAAACACGUUCUUGAGAUGUUUCCCCCCAUAUAAUUUAUGCCUUCAUAGCUACACGGGAUAUUACUUGUAUGAUCACACAUUGAUUAAAGAUUUACACGUUACUUUCUGCAAUAUUUGGAGCACAGA